CUUAGCACCAUUGCGCAAAUACAGAACGCAUUGCACCGAAAAUGUACUACGAACCCGGCGUGACCGAGCAUAACCUCCCGCAUGAUCCCUUCAAGGCAUGUGUAAUCCCCCGCCCGAUCGGCUGGAUCUCCACGCAAUCCCCGGACGGGCAAACCAGCAAUCUGGCGCCGUACUCGCAAUUCAACAACCUGACCUUCGACCCGCCGUACGUGAUGUUCUCGUCCAACCAGACAGCCGCCGAAACCCGCAAGGACACGGUCGUCAACGCCGAGGCCACGGGCUCGUUCGUGUGGAACCUGGCCACCUACGACCUCCGCGAGGCCGUCAACAUCUCCGCCGAGCAGUUCCCGUACGGGGUGAAUGAGUUCGAGAAAGCCGGGGUCACCAAGGAGCCCGCCUCGCUGGUCAACGUGCCCAUGGUCCGGGAGAGUCCCGUAAAGUUCGAGUGCAGGUACCACUCCACCAUCCGGUUGCCGGGGAACCCGCCGAUGGGGACGGUGGAUGUCGUCAUUGGACGGGUGGUGGCGGUGCAUAUCAAGGAUGAGGUGCUCACAGACGGAAUCCUGGAUGUCAGGAAGACGAGGCCGAUUGCCCGCUGCGGGUAUUAUCAGUAUACGGUCAUUGAGAAUACGUUCGAUAUGGUGAUUCCGGGGAUGUCGGAGGAUGUGCUGUAUGGCUUAGAGGGGAAUGCGAAGAGGAAUCGCCUGAGGAAUGAGAAAGGGGAGAAUAAAGAAGAGGAGUAGAUUGGUAGAGUUAAUCCUUCUGAGUAUCUAGAUCUAAGGCAUUGCUUGUUGGAGGUCAGCUUUUGCACCUUUUCUUGGAUGAAGAUUUCAGCCAGGUGGAACUGAAUAGGUACCCUGAUACUGCACGUUCAUCAGACGAC